CAUGUCGGCAGAGCGCACCAACCUCUCCACGCACGGGAGCGCAAAGGAAAAUAUCUUUAAUUCCAAGGCUUAAUAGACGUCUGCAGCAAGUUACUGGCGAUUAUCCGUUGUUCUACAUAACCAGUUUCUCAACAAAAAGCAUCGCCAGGCGCCGAUGUAUAGAUGAAUUUCUCCGGGAAAUUAUUAACUGUCCUCUUGAUGGUGCUCCUGGCAGCGCAAGGCUGUUUUUCAUCUAAGGCAGAGGACAGAUUAUUUCGAAGGUUAUUCCGAAGGUACAACCAGUUCAUCCGUCCAGUAGAGAAUGUGUCUGAUCCAGUCACGGUUGAGUUUGAGGUGUCUAUCUCACAGCUUGUUAAAGUGGAUGAGGUGAAUCAAAUUAUGGAAACCAACCUGUGGUUGAGACAUGUUUGGAAUGACUACAAAUUGAGAUGGACCCCAGUUGACUUUGAUGGAAUUGAGUUCAUACGAGUCCCAUCUAAUAAGAUCUGGAGGCCAGAUAUUGUGUUGUAUAACAAUGCUGUAGGUGAUUUUCUUGUGGAAGACAAGACCAAAGCUUUGCUGAAGUUUGAUGGCACGAUCACAUGGAUUCCUCCAGCUAUAUUCAAAUCCUCCUGCCCCAUGGACAUCACAUACUUUCCUUUUGACUACCAGAACUGCUCCAUGAAGUUUGGCUCUUGGACCUAUGACAAGGCCAAAAUCGACUUGGUUCUCAUUGGCUCAAAGGUGAACCUGAAAGACUUCUGGGAAAGUGGGGAGUGGGAAAUCAUUGAUGCACCAGGAUACAAGCAUGACAUCAAGUAUAACUGCUGUGAGGAAAUUUACCCUGAUAUCACCUACUCCUUCUACAUUCGCCGCCUACCCCUCUUCUACACCAUCAAUCUCAUAAUCCCAUGCCUCCUCAUCUCCUUUCUCACGGUUCUGGUUUUCUACCUCCCAUCAGACUGUGGGGAGAAGGUCACCCUGUGUAUCUCGGUCCUGCUUUCCCUCACUGUGUUCCUGCUGGUCAUCACAGAGACCAUUCCCUCUACAUCACUAGUGAUCCCCCUGAUUGGCGAGUACCUUCUCUUCACCAUGAUUUUUGUAACACUCAGUAUCGUCAUCACUGUCUUUGUGUUAAAUGUCCACUACCGCACUCCCAUGACUCACACAAUGCCGGAGUGGGUGAGAGCAGUCUUCCUUGGGGUGCUGCCCAGAGUGAUGCUGAUGAGGCGGCCUAUCGAUCAAAGCUGCUCCUCACCUGCCAGAAUUACAGGAGGAAGCAAUGGAGGUAGCAAGAAGAGAAAGAACAGCAUAGGAGGAGGAAGUAGCUCGGGAAGUGUAAGUGUUGGUGGUAUAACUGGAGGAGUAGCAUGCCCACCGCUGGAUAGCGGCUCAGGAGGAGGAGGAACAUCCUCAGCUGGCGGCUCUAUGAACUGUGUGGAGUAUGGUGAGAUAAACCGCGACUUAACCCGGGAUAUGAACAGGAGGUGCCCCUACAGAGGCAAAGAGGUACCAACUCCUGUUCCACCCCCAAUGGUGCCACCUCCGCCCCAGGCACCUCAAACCCAGAGGCCUCCAGAGUCAGAGCAGCCUAAAGUCCCAAGGCCCCUCAAUGCAUCAUCACCUGUCAAUGCUGUCGUCGCCUUUUCUGUGGUGUCACCAGAGAUCAAGCAGGCUAUCGAGAGUGUUAAAUACAUUGCAGAGAACAUGAGGACCCGCAACAAAGCCAAGGAGGUGGAGGAUGACUGGAAGUACGUUGCCAUGGUCAUCGACAGGAUUUUCCUGUGGGUUUUUGUGACUGUGUGUGUUCUAGGAACUCUAGGCCUCUUCCUUCAGCCACUCAUCAGCUUCUUCAAAUGAGACACUUGUCUUUGUCCUCGCUCUUUCUCUCUUCUGUCUGUCUCUGUACUUCACUUGAAUUACUUGGGGAAUGAUCCCCCUCGCAGCUGUGUCACAUCAAACAUCUGCUAUUCUCCUUAUGUUUUUCCCCUGUCCUCUCCCAUACUUCAGUCAGACAUCUUUUUACUGUCAUCGUCUGUCUCCUGUUCUGGCUGCGUUUUCAAUGUGUGUGUUUUACUAAAAAUGUAGAAGAACCUAUUAAAACAUAAAUCACUAAACAGAAAAACCUGAAUAACUUUGCAGUAGCACCUUGUUAUUGUAAGCCUGUGCAAUAAAGGCAUUAUAUUAUCGAGGAUUAUGGCACAACAUGUCUUUUUUUAAACUGGAAAUAAUUGAGAAUGACUUUACUACUUUCUGAAAGCAGGUAAUAAUCAUGUUUCCUUGUUGAAUAUUUGCAAAAAUGACUUUCUACCUUUGUAGAAAAAAAAAUGUUUGUUGUGCAUGGCUUCUGAGAAGGACACUGGCUAUGGCUGUACACCCGUAAUGAUGAUGUGUUUUAAGUAUAAUUAUGCACCACACAUGCAUUCAUGACAUUUGUGGAAACUUUGGAUGCAUAGAAGCACUUUCAAUUUCACAUUGUAGAUUAAACUUGUAAAAAGACUUGAAACAACAAAACUGCUUCCUCUCUUCUUAAAUGUCCCAGAGUUGUAGUUGUUUUGUCACAUUUGUGAUUUUCUGUUGU